UAAUUUUGCGUGUCACCGAUUGGUGUCCAACUACAAAUAGCCAUCCCCAAAACUCAAAUUUCUCAAAUACCUCGUACCCUUCGAAAAUCUGUCAAAGAUGUCUGCUAUUCGUACCCCUGGAUCCGAAACCUCUCCGGAACAAAAACAACCAUCGCUGAAAACGCAGAAAUUGGGUGAUGAUGAUGACAACAAGGUUAAAUUGUUUCGCUACAAGGGUUUUGAGAUAGAACAGCAAUUUCAGAUGACGCAUGAGGAUAGUUUGAGGUACAGCAAACAGGUCGAGGAGAGCGGGGGGUUUGAUGUUGAAGCUUUCCACCCUUGUUCCUAUUGUGUUAUACGACCUUUGAAGAAAUUAAACAAGAGCCUUCGUAAGAAGCUUGAACGCUAUUCAAAGAGGGCAAUUGCCGAAUUCAACUUGAAAAAUAGUACAAAUUUCCAGUUUGUGAAGGUCCACAAGGCAAAUGCACGGGUGGUCAGUGGCCUGGUGUAUUAUAUUACGUUUGCUGCUAAGGAUCCUGCUGCUACUGAAUUUGAGAUCUUCCAAGUUUCUUUGUAUGCUCCAAUAGCUGCAGACAUAAGGAUCUACCUUUGUCGGAUUAAACCAAAGGCUUAGAGGUUAUGGAAGAUGUCAUGAGAGCAAUAUGUUUAGGGAAGGUUUAAUGCAGCAAUAUUUGGGUGAAAGGGACCGCACUAUGUUUACUGAUGGAUUUAUAAGCUUUUGUUUCUUGUGAGUUUAGGAUUGUUGGUGCCUACAAACUAAAGCUUAACUAUGCAUAUUGAUAGUUACAAAAGAUGGUUGAUUUUUAUCUUGUGAGAUCUUCUAUUUCCCCCUCCUGGUUGGGUUGUUAUCCAAUUUCUCAAUGCUAUACUUGCUGAUGUUCUUAUGCUGUGUUUCUGCUUC